CUCUACGUGUUGACCGCCUUCUUCACCAAGCUCUCUCUAGUCCUGCUUUACCUCCGGAUCUUCCCGGCCGAUGUUGACAACCGCCAAUUCCGACUCAUAUGCAAACUCGUAGGAGUUGUUCUGUUUCUUGCUGGCUUUUCCUGUGUUCUCGCCAACAUUUUCGCUUGCCAUCCUAUCUCAUACGCAUGGCGCUACACCGGCCGUGCGGAUGGAGCCUGCGUGGACCGCAUUGCUAGUGCCUACGCCGUGGGGAGCAUCAACGCCGUCUUAGACAUCGUGGUCAUCACCCUCCCUAUCCCGCGGCUCUUCAAACUGAACGUAGCGCUGCGACAAAAGGUCGGCGUCAUCCUGUGCUUCCUCGUCGGAUUCCUCGUAACGGGUGUCACCAUCGUCCGGCUCUACUAUGUACACUCGUUGAUUCAGUACCAAAAUGCCACAUGGACCUGGAACACCUUCGUCGUCUGGUGCGCGGUCGAGGUGUACUGCAGCAUGAUCUGCGCCUGCAUGCCGCCCAUGAUCGGAUUGGUGAAGCGC